AUGAGUGCGUCUACGAGUUUGAAGGUGCGCCUGCCGGCAUUUGUGUUAGUCAUGGAGGUCGUCAUGAUAAUUCUUUAUGCUAUGUUUGUCACUUACGAUGACAACGCCAAUGCUAAGAUGCAAAACAACGAGACCAACCCGAUGGACAACUCCAUGUAUCGCGACUACCCCUACUUUGCUGACGUGCAGGUGAUGAUCUUCAUUGGCUUCGGUUGCCUGCUGGCUUUCUUCCGAUUCUACGGCUUCAGUGGGAUGGUCUUCAACUUCCUUACAGCUGCAUUCACGAUCCAAUGGGCAAUCCUCAUACAAGGUUUCUUCCAAUUUUACUACAAUGGCAAAAUUCACAUAGGGGUUAUCAACCUGGUGAAUGCAGAGUUUGCCUGUGCUGUGGUGCUUAUCUCCUUCGGGGCUGUGCUUGGGAAAACAAGUCCAGUUCAACUCCUGGUCAUGGCUUUGUUAGAGAUCCCUAUCUUUUCCGUGACAGAGUGGGGUGUGCUGAAAUAUAUCAGGAUCAAUGACGCAGGUGGCUCUAUUCUGAUUCACCUGUUUGCCUGCUACUUUGGUCUAGGGGUGACAUUUGUGCUGUAUCGUCCAGGCCUGAAGGCUGGACAUGCUAAAGAGACCACUAGUUACCAUUCUGACAUCCUGUCUGUAAUGGGAACUCUUUUCCUCUGGGUUUUCUGGCCCUCAUUCAACUCCGCUCUCACAAUUAAAGGUGACGAUCAACACAGAGCCGUGCUCCACACUUUUAUAGGUCUGAGCUCAUCCACUAUCACCGCCUUUGCUCUCUCUGCAGUAUUCAAUAAGAGAGGGAAGUUCACAAUGGCUGAUAUUCAGAAUGUGACUCUGGCAGGCGGUGUGACUGUCGGUGCUUCUGUGGACAUGAUGAUUUCUCCUGUAGCUGCAUACGCUUUGGGCGUCAUGGGCUGCACCGCCUGCUUCUUUGGUUACAGAUACCUGACCCCCUUUUUGGCCCGACGCAUGAGGAUCCAGGACCAGUGUGGCAUUCACAAUCUCCACGGGCUCACUGGCCUCAUAUCAUCCACAGCAGGGAUCUGUGCCAUCCUCCUAGCCACCGAGGAAACCUACGGGCCCAGUAUGUAUCAGAUCUUUUCCCAUCGAGCUCCGCCUGAGGGAGAUCCGAAGCUGUUGGAGCUGCAGCAGCUGAUACCUGGCCUGAAACCCGGCUUGGGCCGUACUGCACAGGAACAAGCUCUUUACCAGGUUGCAGCGAUCUUCUCCACAAUUGCAGCAUCUGCAGCCGGUGGGGUACUCACUGGAUUCAUCAUGAACAUGUCUUUCAUGGCAUCGCCGUCUGACGAGGACUGUUUUGAUGAUGAGGUUUUCUUUGAUAUGCCCUCUGACUUUGACAGCGCAGAAGUGCUGAAGACCCCUGUGAACCCUGAUGAAAAGGGACAAAUGACUUGUGAUGCUAAAGUCUGA